CUGUUGAUUGUUUCUUUGCUGUGACUCGGUCCAGCAUAAUAAAGGGGCUGAAGUUGCCAGGGGAUCUCAAACCCCACCUUGCUUGCUUUUGGGGAAGGGUGUUGAAGUUUCUGGGCUCUGCCAACAGAGAUUUUAAUACCAGGGAUCAGUUGUGGAACAGAUCUGUGCCAUGGAGUUUCAAGCAGUGGUAAUGGCAGUUGGUGGUGGAUCCCGCAUGAUGGAUCUGACCUCAAGUAUCCCUAAAGCUCUCUUGCCUAUUGGCAAUAAACCCUUAAUAUGGUAUCCACUCAAUUUGCUGGAACAAGUUGGUUUUGAAGAGGUCAUUGUGGUUACAACAAAAGAAGUUCAGAAAGUGCUAAACCUGGAGACGAAGCUGAAGCUGGAUAUUGUAUGUAUUACUGAUGAUGCAGAUAUGGGGACUGCAGACUCAUUGCGGCAUAUUCAUGAGAAAAUAAAGACAGAUGUGUUGGUUUUGAGUUGUGAUCUGAUUACAGAUGUUGCUCUUCAUGAAGUAGUGGACUUAUUCCGAGCCCAUGAUGCCACACUCUCCAUGUUGAUGAAAAAAGCUUAUGAACCCACAGAGCUUAUACCAGGACAAAAAGGGAAGAAAAAGCUAGUGGAGCAGCGUGACUUCAUUGGAGUGGAUGACUCAGGAAAGAGGUUGCUCUUCAUGGCCAAUGAAGCAGAUCUGGAUGAAGAAAUUGUCAUUAAGAGAUCCACCCUUCAGAAACAUUCUAAAAUACACAUUAGGACGGGAUUGAUGGAUGCUCAUCUGUACUGCUUGAAGAAAUGUGUGGUGGACUUCCUUGUAGAAAACAGGUCAUUUACAUCAAUCAGAAGUGAGUUGAUUCCAUAUUUGGUUAGGAAGCAGUUUUCCUCUCCUGUACCAUUGCAACAGGGUCAAAACAACAAAGAACAUGACCAGAAGAAAAAGGACCAGAAACCAUUAGACAUCUAUAGUUUCCUGAAGGACAAUAGCCUGAUUGAAUUGGGCACAGACAACCUUUGUUGGAACAAUUGCAGAGGAGAUGUGAAGGAGUCAUUCCAUGAAGGGAAAGUUCGUUGUUAUGUUCACAUCAUGAAGGAUGGGCUUUGCUACCGAGUAAACACUCUUGGGCUGUACAUUGAAGCUAACAGACAGGUUCCUAAAAUGCUGUCGUCACUUUGUCCAGAAGAACCUCUAGUUCACUGUACCGCUCAAAUCAUUGAUAAAUGCCUGAUCGGAUCUGACAGCAUUGUAGGUGCAUCUACACAAGUAGGAGAGAAAACUGCAAUUAAACAUUCUGUCAUUGGUACUACAUGUGUGAUCAAAGACAAAGUUAAAAUUACUAACUGCAUUAUUAUGAACUGUGUCAGAAUUGACGAAGGGUGCAGCCUACAGAACUGUGUUGUGUGCCAUAAUGCAGUACUAGAGAAAGGAGCUGACAUCAAGGACUGUUUGAUUGGAAACAGCCAGCAUCUGGAACCCAAAUCUAAGCACAUUAAUGAAGUUAUUAUGGGUACUGAACAGCUGAUGGAAAUCUGAGUUUGACAGAUUUGAAAUAAGAUUUUCUGACUGUCUGAGCCUGUGACAUGACUAGAGGUCCUGUUUCAUGAGCUGGCUCCUAGUUUUUCGUUGAUACUGGCAUCCACUUCCGCUUUACCUUGGUAUUUACACCUUAAUAAAUAAAUAUUUACAAUAA